CCUGUCACAGAGACGCUGCAGGUGGUCUGCAGCUCUGGGUCUGUCUUCUAUUUUUACCGAGUAGUCAUCUUUCUGCUGCAGUGCACACCAUUACCUGCAUCGCAGGGGCUCACACAGGGCUGUGUUUCGGGCUUGGCUCCCAUCGGUUCUCUCACUGUUUCUCACCUGAUCUGUGUCUCGCAGGCCUGCAAUGAGUUCACCACGCACGUCAUGAACUUACUGAGAGAGCAGAGCCGGACUCGCCCCAUCUCCCCGAAGGAAAUCGAGAGGAUGGUCAACAUCAUCCACCGCAAGUUCAACUCCAUCCAGAUGCAACUCAAACAGAGCACGUGCGAAGCGGUGAUGAUACUACGCUCACGAUUCCUGGACGCACGGAGAAAAAGACGUAACUUCAGCAAGCAGGCGACGGAGAUCCUCAAUGAGUAUUUCUACUCGCACCUCAGCAACCCCUACCCCAGUGAAGAAGCCAAGGAAGAGCUGGCAAAGAAGUGCAGCAUCACAGUGGCUCAGGUAUCAAACUGGUUCGGUAACAAGCGAAUCCGCUACAAGAAAAACAUAGGCAAGUUCCAGGAGGAGGCAAAUCUGUACGCCGCCAAAACGGCGGUAACUGUGACAAACGUGACAGCUCAAGGAAGCCAAGCCAACUCCCCGUCCACUCCCACCUCCACUGGUACAGAAUCGUGCUACAGGUCAAUGGGAGGCAAUAGCCCUCCAGCACCAAGACCCCCAGGGCGGACCUUGUGUACGAGCUUAGAGAGUUCGUCGACAUCGUAUAACAUGGCUGGCACAGGAGAUCUGUACAUGAGCAUGCAGGCUCUGAAUGGGGAUUCUUACCAGGCAGUCCAGGUCGGAGCUAAUGUGCAGCUACAGGUGGACUCGCUGCGCCAUGUUAUCAACCAGACAGGUGGCUACGGUGAUGGUCUGGGAGCUGGCAGGAUCUAUAGUCCACAGGCCCUGAAUACUAAUGGCGGCUGGCAGGAUGCAACCACCCCGUCCUCUGUGACAUCGCCAACGGAAGGGCCCGGAAGCGUCCAGUCUGAUACCUCCAACUGAUCUUCUAGCAACAGGGCAGCCAAUGGGGCUUUCACUCUGCACUGACCAAUCAGA